AUGAACGUCGACAUUAUGCCCAGUCGUACGCAUGACCAUCCAUUCACCGCGGAGAUAAUGGCACCCCUUCUCCCCGACAAAUACAGGUCGUCGUUGAUUCCGCCUUACGAUGGACGAGGAGAUCCCGACGACCAUUUGGAAAUGUACACGGGGCACAUGCUCUUGCACGGGUACGCCGAGGAGAUCAUGUGCCGAGCCUUUCAGAACCACCUGACAGACUCUGCCCGAAGAUGGUUCCGAACGCUGAAGCCAAACUCUAUCUCCAGCUGGGAUGAACUGAAGGAAGCAUUUUCCCUCCAGUUCAUCGGGGUUAAAAAGUAUAUACCCCCGAAGCAGAACCUAACAACGAUAUAUCAAAAGCCAAAUGAGACGUUAAGGGAGUGGCUCGCCAGAUACGGCGAGGCCGUCGCCGCUACAAUGGAUAUCACGGACAGGGAAGCCCUGAUGGGAGCAUUAUCCAGUAUGAAGAAGAUAACUCCCUUCAAAAGGGAACUAAACCGAAAACCCCCUUCCAGCUACAAAGAGUUCCUUACAAGGGCGCAAGGAUACAUCAAUGCUGAAGAAGCGGAUGCCAACGACCCCGAUCAUAGGUCCAAUAAAGGAAAAGGAGCCGAGCAGGGGUCGGCAUCAUCAAAGCAAGACGGGAAGAAGCGUCGAGGAGGAGGAAGUGGAGAAAAACAACCGAUCCCGACGCAAGGAACGUCGGAGGCCAAGAAGCGAAGACAGGAAGAUACCCGCAGACCUCGACCGUUCCAGAAAUAUGACACCUACCAUGAACUGACAGUAGGCGUCGAGGAAAUCUUCAACCAGGUCGGCCGAGGAAACUUGCUGCGCCGACCUGGACCAAUGAAGUCGGAUCCUAACCAAAGGAACCAGAAGAAAUUCUGUAAGUUCCAUGGCGAGGUCGGCCACCACACGAAUGAUUGCGCUGACCUCAAAGAUGAAAUCGAAAGAAUAAUCCGCGAGGGAAGGCUGCAGGAAUUCAGGGCCGAAUGA